AUACGCAUACACUGACAAAAUUCUGACCGGAAAUUCCGACAAAAUGGUGUGAAUGUUGUUAGUUUACUAGGUUUUGAGACAAAACGUCUUACUGGUCCAAGUAUUCGUCAACUGUGACGCAAAAAUCCUCCCCCGUCUGCCGCGCUCUCUCUCCUCACAUCCUCUGUCCGAGCAGAGCCGCGCUGCCUCACGUGGACCCGAGACUUUAACAUCGCAUCAAGACUCUCUCAGCAGUUCCCUUUUGGAAAGACAAAGAGAAGUUUGAUAAGGUGGAGCAAAACGCCAAAUAUCUCUUCAAAAGGAUCUUGCGUAUGUGUUUUUAGGUGCAGCUGUAAAAGAACGAAGAGAGCAGCUGGUUUAAGGAGAGCAGACGAGUGCCAUCCUACGUUUUCUUUGCAAAAGACUUCUUAAGAGGAAUAAUGAGGAACAUUUGGAUAUUCCUGACACUUUCAGCAGCUGUCUGCUUGUCCAGCGACAAGGUACUGGUGUCUGGUCAGUCCCCUUCUUUAACUGAUGACAUCUAUUUGGAUGACCAGCAGUCUGGUGACUACCCUUUAGAUGAUGAUGACUUCACUUCUGGUUCAGGAUCUGGUUUUAGUGACACAGAUGACGAUGAAGACACCUCCACAGUAAUUGUGCGGUACCCAGAAUUCAAAGCAGAUUCGACUCAGGAGCCUGUCUAUAGCAGCAGCCCCAGCUUGGAUUCCUCUAUUUCCAAAGAGCAGGACAAAAUCAGCAUAGACACAUUCAUCGACUCAGAUGUGGGACAAGAGAAUACUGACCAUCAGACAGAAAAGCCCCGGGUCACUGCUGAAGCCACCAGCUCACCGAGCGUUGAAAAAGAUGCUGACCGGCGUCAUGAGCCUCACACAGAAAAUCUCUUCCAAAGGACAGAAGUGCUGGCAGCGGUUAUAGCCGGCGGAGUGAUCGGCUUCCUGUUUGCCGUCUUCCUCAUCCUCCUCCUGGUGUACCGCAUGAGAAAGAAGGACGAGGGGAGCUACGACCUUGGAGAGCGCAAGCCUCCCAGCUCGGCCUAUCAGAAGGCUCCGAGUAAAGAGUUCUACGCCUGAACGACCAAUCAUUGCCAACAGUAACAUCGUUAUGACAACCAACUCCUCUCCAAGAGUUAACGGCGGAUCGGUAGCACAACGAGGGGAUUUUUUUGUACGGGGAACCUUUACUCAUUUAAAAAUGUAACAAAAACGUAAUUUUGCUUCACGAAGCCAAUCGGGGCUUGUAUUUUCUUUUUUUGGGAUAAAAACGUCAAAGAUUGUUUCUCUAUGGUUUUUGAAAACAGUUGUCGUCAGUGUAUGAAGGUAAAUCAUUGCUCACAGGUUUUAGUCAUCGACUACUUUGUAACAGUAGAGGUACGUUUUAUUAAAGAACAAGACAAUUCCGGGAUGCAAGUCCUGGGUUAUAUCUGAUACCUUUAAUUUUCCACUGAUUACAUUGCAGUAACUUAUCUCAGUGUGGACUUUAUUAGUAACUUAAUUUUCAUCUCAUCAUUUUUGUAAAGGGGUUUUUCUCCCUUGGCUUGUGCCAUUUUGUUCUUCGGUCAAAAUGAAUGUUUGUAUUUCCGUCUGGCCAACAUCAAAUCAAUUUUUCAGAAUGUUUAAAUGUAUUUUGUUAUAUUUCAUGUUUCUAAUGUAGUUGGUACAGUGUUAAGUCCCUGAAAGUUCAAAAUCUAGUUUGCCUGAAGCCAAGAACACACUACUCUGUACUUGUGCUCUUUUAUUCUUUCUCUUUUCAUGUCAGACACAUGCAGGUUAAGUCUCUUAGAAAAAUCAUUGUACUUGACUGGACUUGACUGAAAGUCUGCGACAUCAUUCAUAGCACUGCAGCAAUUUACUGAAAUUACUUUAACCAUUAUAAAAGUUUGCGUUGCACAAAAGCUCAUCAAGGUCAAGAACGUUUUGUUUUUCCACAAAACUAUUUAAUACCCACUUACCCACCGCUUGGAAGGGGGAAGAAAAAAAAGUCCAUUAGAAUAAGAUAUGGAUUUUUUCACAUGAAUUCCGUCUUCAUUUUGAACAAGUGUAAGAGACCAAGAAUGAAUCUUCCAUGACAGGUUAACAUCAUUUACCCAGUAGAAGUCGUCAGUAUUACUGAUUUUUACGCCCACACUGUUCUCAAUCAACAGAUUUCCACCGUUCACUGUUGACUGGAACCGUAAUGAAGCCCAUUUUUCUUGAUUUCAUAAUAUUAUCCCUCAUGCGGAAGCAGCUUUUGCAAAGAUUUCUCCUUUGUUUUUGACUCGAGCAUAUUCUGCUGAAUGUCUCUGACCUUCCAAAGACUCAAACAGUGUUGUUAACAGUGAUGGUGAUUAAUAACGUGAAUCACAUCUGCUCAUUUUUCCUCUUCUUUUCGUGUGCAUUUCCAUUGUUUCUUUCAAAGACCUGACCAUUUAGAGUCAACGACGUCUCUGUAUAUGUUAAUAUACAAUAAUUUAUAGAAUAUAAUUAUUUAUAUACUACAUAUUGUAUGUAAUAUGUUAGUUAAAAAAAUCUAUGAAAAUGUAUAUUCACAAAUGUUUUAGAAGCCCUUGAAGUGCCUACUGUUCUGAAACAGUUCUACAGGGAUUUGAGGACAUUUGUGCAUCGGAUUGAUGUUAAAAGCUGGAACUGGAGAAAUGUGAUGAGUGGUAAUGUCACAGAAACAGAAACAGUAUUGUAUUUCAUAAAAAAAACACUACUGAAUAAACAUUUUCUCAUGGUAUUUUAA